GUCCGCCCGGGGGAAUGCUUAAAGCAGGCUCGGCGCUGUCUGAGUGUGGGAGGCAGAGUCGUGGGAAGGAGGACCCGGAACCGCGGCGCAGGCAGCGGCGGCGUCGGAGUUGCCGAUUUGUGCGCCGACCUGCAGCCGGCGGAGGUGCCCCGGGCGCUGUGGGUCUGCGGCGGCCGGCGAGGUCGCGGGCGGAGGCUGGAGGUGUGGCGGCAGCAGCGGCGGCGGCGUGCGCGCCCUGCCUGUGGCGGCCGUGUCUCCCGGGAGAUGCUGUGACGGACCCGCGCGGGAGGAGCUCGCGUGCGGCCUUGCGACCCCUGCACUCAGCGGUCGGGGCGGUCAGCCGCCCGCCCUGCGCAGAGUGGCUGUACCAUUUUGGAUUCCCACCAGCAGUGAAGGAGGGUUCCCGUUGCUCCACAUCCUCACCAGCAUUUGGUGGUGUCAGUGUUCCGGAUUUGGGCCGUUCUAAAAGUGAAAGUAUGCGAGGCUUAACAGCAAAAGUGACUAGUGGUCUUCUGCCCUUGCCAGAAGUGAGUCUUCAGGCCCUGGAAGAUGAAGUCACAGUGGAAUCUGUGCUUCAUGGAAAGAUUGCUGCAGGGAGAAGAGGACUUGCUUGCCUGGCUUGUGGUCAACAUCUGGAGGUAGUGCACUCUCUAACAGGAGAGCGGUUGUCUGCGUAUAGAUUCAGUGCAGUCAAUCAACAGCCUCCUGUGAUCCUGGCGAUGAAGGAAUUCUCUUGGCAGAAGAGAGUUGGAUUGUUAAUUGGAUUAGAAGAAGCGGAAGGGAGUGUUCUCUGUCUUUAUGACCUUGGCGUGUCCAGAGUGGUUAAAGCAGUUGUUCUUCCUGGAAGGGUGACCGCGAUUGAACCCAUAAUUAGUCACGGAGGAGCCAGUGCCAGCACUCAGCAUUUGCACCCAAGCCUCCGAUGGCUUUUUGGUGUGGCUGCAGUGGUGACUGAUGUUGGACAGAUCCUUCUUAUUGACCUGUGUUUGGAUGACAUGUCAUGCAGUCAGAAUGAAUUAGAGGCCUCAGACCUUGAAGUUGUAACCGGCAUCCCGGCCGAGGUUCCACACAUCAGGGAGACCGUGAUGCGCGAGGGCCGCCACCUGUGUUUCCAGCUGGUGAGCCCGUCGGGCACUCCCGUAUCAGCCCUUCGCUACAUCAGCAGGACGAACCAGCUUGCCGUGGGCUUCUCUGAUGGCUACCUAGCUCUUUGGAAUAUGAAGAGCAUGAAAAGAGAAUACUACACACAGCUGGAAGGUGGAAGAGUUCCCGUGUAUGCGGUCACUUUUCAGGAACCUGAGAAUGAUCCGCGUAAUUGCUGUUACUUGUGGGCUGUUCAGUCGACACAAGAUAGUGAAGGGGAUGUGUUGAGUUUACAUCUACUUCAGCUGGCCUUUGGUGAUAGAAAGUGUUUGGCAUCAGGACAAGUCUUGUAUGAGGGGUUAGAGUACUGUGAAGAAAGAUACACACUGGACCUCACGGGUGGCAUGUUUCCUUUGAGGGGACAGACUAGUAAUACCAAACUGUUGGGAUGCCAGAGUAUAGAGAAAUAUCGGUAUCAUGGCGACAGAGAGGAAGCUCUGUCUCCUGACACUAGUGUUUCAGUCUUUACCUGGCAGGUGAAUAUAUAUGGACAAGGAAAGCCUUCUAUGUAUUUGGGGCUUUUUGACAUAAAUCGUUGGUAUCAUGCACAGAUGCCAGAUUCGUUAAGAUCAGGAGAAUAUCUGCAUAAUUGCUCUUAUUUUGCAUUGUGGUCACUGGAUUCUCUUGUGAACAAGACUUACCCACAUUACAUCUUGGAUAUACUAGUAAAUGAGAGAAGCUUAAGUCGAGGAAUUCCUCCUUCAUAUCCACCUCCUGAGCAGUUUUUUAAUGCAAAUAUUUACAAUUUUGAUGCCACUUGUUUGUUAAACUCAGGAAUUGUUCAUAUAACUUGUAAUGGCUUUCAAAAGGAGACUUUGAGGUUUUUAAAGAAAUCAGGAGCAUCCCUCAGUGAAUUCAUACCUGAUGGCUAUAAUAGAUGUCUUAUGGCUGGCCUUCUGUCACCGAGACUUACUGAUACUCACCCUUCCAGUUUAAGUCAGGAAGAACAGUUAGAAGCUAUAUUGUCAGCAGCGAUCCACACAAGUUGCCUGGGACUUUUGACUGGAUGUAUCAAAAAGUGGACAAAAGAAGAACAACCAAAUUCUGCGGCUAAUCUGCGCUUUGUUCUUGAAUGGACAUGGAAUAAAGUGGUUUUUACAAAAGAGGAAUUUGACAGACUGUGUACACCGUUAUUUGAUGGCUCGUGUCGUUUCGCCGACCCGCAGACCAUCCAGGCGCUCCAGCAGUGCUACUUGCUCCUCAGCAACCUUAAUUCCGUCUUAAACUGUUUUACCACAGAGGCCCAAGAGAUCACGGAGAGAGGCCUCAUGGACUUGCACAAAAAGUGCCUGGUUACCCGGCUCAUCUGCCAGUACACACAAGUGGUGCUUUGGUUCUGUCAUUCUGGGCUUUUACCGGAGGGCGUAGAUGAUGCUGUGCAGUUGUCCAGGUUGUACUACAACUACCCUGUAAUUCAGAACUACUAUACCAGUCGUCGACAGAAGUGUGAGCGUCUGGCAAGAGGGAAGUGGAGCCCUGAUUGCUUGAUGAUUGACGAAAUGGUGUCUCAGUUAGGAGAUGGCGUUGAGAGGUUGUGGAAGCGCGAUGAAGGAGGCACGGGAAAAUACCCUCCGUCUAGUCUGCAUGCAUUGCUUGACAUAUACCUACUGGACGACGUCACUGAAACAAGCAAACAUGCUGUUACCAUUUAUUUGUUGCUUGAUAUUAUGUAUUCCUUCCCAAACAAAACAGAUACUUGCAUUGAAUCAUUUCCCACUGCCUUUGCCAUUCCUUGGGGCCAGGUGAAACUUAUUCAAGGGUUUUGGCUGAUAGAUCAUAAUGACUAUGGGAGUGGCUUGGAUCUCCUGUUUCACCCAGCUACUGUGAAACCUGUGUCGUGGCAACAUUCAAAGAUUAUUCAGGCCUUUAUGAGUCAGGGUGAACACAAACAAGCCCUCAGAUACAUUCAGACGAUGAAGCCAACCGUGUCCAGCGGUGAUGAUGUUACCCUUCACCUCACCGUUUUGCUUUCUAAUAAGUACAUGGUGGAGGCCUGGACGUUCCUGCGGCAGCACUCCACCAGUCUGAACGUCGAGCAGCUCCUGACACACACGUACAAGGUCUGCCAGGAGACGGGCCUCAUGGAGGACUUGCUGAAGCUGCCUUUCACAGACCUCGAGCAGGACUGCCUGGUGAAAUUUUUGCAGUCCAGCACCAACAUUCGGAAUCACGAAUUCCUUCUCGUUCACUAUCUGCAGCGUGCCAAUUACGUUUCUGCCCUGAGGCUGAACCAAACUCUGAAGACCAAUUUUUCGAAUGAUCGUGAUCCUCGUUUGCGGGAGAGAUCAGAGGUUCGAAAUGCUAUAGUAGAGCAAUAUGGGAAAGUCCUUCCUAAAAUCCAGCGAAGAUUAGCCAUUGAGCAAGCUAAGCCUUACCAUCUGUCCACAUCACCUGUUCUUCGAGAAGUUUCUAGACCCCAACCAUUGUCCACUGUUACAAAGCAAGCUGCAACAGGGGCUGUGUUAACAAGAUCUGCUUUCAUCAGUAAUGUGUUGUCUAAAAUUGGAGAGAUUUGGGCAUGUACUGAACCUAAAGGUGGCACCUCAGCCCACAAGAGUCCUAGAAGAGAACCAUCUCCUCUUCCACAUCCACAAGUGCCUGAGGCAUUUGUUGGAACACCAAUUUUAAAAGCAUCACAAAAGGUUUCUAGACCGCUGGAUCUGGUUGUUCAUCCUGUGCGCCAGCCUUGUCAGCGUUUGGGAUUUAUUCAGCAAACCCCCAAAAGAUCUCCUUUAUACCCGGCGUCCAGUUCAUUGUUCAAAGGAUCACAUCACAGUCCCUCCAGGACUAUAGAAUUACGUGUACUUGAAACUCCUUUCGUGGUGAAGAGAGCUAAAACUUUGGCCAUGUCAGUUACUUCCUCUGGAUUUGCCGAGUUCACUCCUCAGUCCAUCUUAAGGUCUGGUCUUCGAACACCACCUUUACCCUCUCCCUCUCUGUCACCUGGAAGGUCCGUUACCCCUCCUUUACGACUUAAGGAAACUAGAAUUUCAUUUAUGGAAGAAGGCAUGGCCACAAAACGGAUUCCUGGAGCUGCAGAUGACAGCAAAACAAGACUAUCUGUUACUACACCUCUCCAUAAAUGUGGAGGUCCAGCAAAAAGCGAAUGGCUAAAGAGCAAAGCCAAGACAACAGCUUUUUCCCUGAGUAGUCCUGAAAAGGACCAUCAGGAAGUGGAAGUGAGGUCCCAGGAUACCCCUUCCCAGAGUCUGGAGAAACUGGAUAUGAGCCGAGAAAGUAGCGGUGCCUCCACCAGGUCAGACCAGACUACCUUGGAGUAUCAGGAUGCGCCAUCACCAGGAGACUUGGAAGAUAUUUUCGUGGCCUCAAAGCCAGAGAGCUCUUCCACAGAACUCAUUAAUUUAACUGAACCGACUGAGAAGGACAGUGAUAAAGAUGUGCCUGAAUCAGAAGUGACUCCUCCAGACCUAGAGAAACAAACGGGCACUGUAGACGGCACGAAGACAAAGGACCUCUUGGUUGCAGAGGAGGUGCUUGCAGACUUCAGUCCCUUGCGCCCCAUUCCAGGAGGUGGAGCUUCCCGCUGUGCUCCGCCAGCCCACGACGGGAAAAUCCUCACCCUGAAAUCCCAGGUACCAGUUUUAGACGAAGGACUAGUAUCUGUUGAGACCUGCACCUCUGCGUUUAGAGCAGCUCUGGCCGAUGUGCAUGGUGAUAGUGGAGACUCUGGGCUUGCUAUCCCUGAAAGUCCUGUGAUCUCCGAACAUAAGCCUGACCAGGAAAUAACAUUGAACUUACAGGAAGAUCACAAAGUAGAACUUGAUGUCCUGAAAGCAGGUGUUGACUUAGCGGAAGAAAAGCCUCCCGUUUCUGACGAUCCUCCUGAUCCUCAAGAAAUUCAUGUGACUGAACAUGAAACGCUCGGAGUUCAAGAUUCAGAACAUGAGGCUAGGAGUCUUUCAUUUAAUGAGUUGUACCCCUCAGGGACUCUUAAACUCCAAUAUAAUUUUGAUACCAUUGAGCAACAAUUUUGUGACUUACCUGAUAAUAAAGACUCUGCUGAGUGUGACGUUGCCGAAGUAGACGGGGAACUUUUUGGGGCUCAGAGCAACUUUACCUUGAUAUUAGAAGGUGAAGAAGGAGAAUUAGAGACAGGUGAUUCUGCAGCAUCUAAUGUGUUAGCUCCAGCGGCAAACACAGUAGCUGAGGAAAAACAUGUAUGCAGUGAGGAAAAUGGUGGACACGACGCAGAGUUGCCAGCGGUCCUGACUAGUGAUCAGGAGUCCCAGAAGGUAGAGACUUUACCAUAUGUGCCUGAACCAAUUAAAGUAGCAAUCGCAGAAAAUUUACUAGAUAUAAUUAAAGACACAAGAAGUAAAGAAAUUACUUCAGAUACAGCAGAACAGCAGUCCAUUCAUGAAAACAUACCUUUAAUAAGCCAGCAGGUCACCAAGGUAGUCAAAUCUACGUUGAAGACUGUUCAGGAGACAAGUACAGUGACUAUAAACGUGAGCCAGCUUGAUGACACGAUUUCCUCCAGAACUCGCAGGAGAGGACGUGUCCAAAACCCGAGUGUCCAAUCAGCACAACAGGAAGAGUCUGUAGCUGUUGCUACUCCUGACAGGCUGGGCCUUUUGGAUAGGAGGACUCGGAAAAGGAAAGAAAUGUCUGGGUCUUUUGAAGGUGCCUGUUCUGAUGUCAAAGUUAUAUCUCAGAACCUGCAAAUACCUCAAAAUUCUGUGACUCCUAGGAGAGGAAGGAAAAGGACAGAAGAUAAUCAGGACAUGUUAGAAAGUGAUCGUCCUAUGGAACAGGACUUAGGGGUUACUCCAGAUAGCAGACUAAGGAGGGUAAAACCCUCUCAGCUCUUGGAACCAGCUACUGGAAAAACUAAGCUUUCGUCUGUUACAAAAAAGACUCCAAAAGGAAUUAAAAAAUCUGUGGAAUACCCGGAAAGUGUUGAAAUGGUAGAUCUAGAUCUGAAAGUUAGUAAAGUAGCACAUCCCAGUGGAAGUACCCGAAAAUUGAGAAGUGCCACUCUAGAAACUUCUAAAAAGCCAGAUGGAGAAACUAAGCUUUCGUCUGUUACCAAGAAGACUCCUAAAGGAAUUAAAAAAUCCGUAGACUAUCCAGAAAGUGUUGAAAUGGUAGAUCUAGAUCUAGAUCUAAAAGUUAAUAAAGUAGCACGUCCCAGUGGAAGUACCCGAAAACUGAGAAGUGCUAAUCUAGAAGCUGCUGAAAGUAGAGGACGUAAACCAGAUGGAAAGCCCAUGGAUGAGCCACCGCCUGUCAAGCCUGACAAAAGUCCUAAAAAGAGGGAAAGUAGCACACUCGAUGUUACAGAAGACUCCAAACUGGAUUCAUCGCAGCUGAGUCUUCAGGCAGAGUUUGGUAGACCUAGGAAACGUGGUAGACCAAGAAAAGUUAAUCCAUCUGAAGAUGUCAGAUCCAAGGCUGCCAAGGAAGUGAAAAGUCCCAAGAGGAAGUCAGGAACUUUAAGCAGCCAGAGGAGGUCGACAAGAAAGACCCCGGCCAAAAGAAAGACUGAUGUUGCAAAAACAGCCUUAGAAAAAUCCGCUUUAGUGCCAAAUGAACUUGCUGUGGUGACUGGCUCUAAGAAAAAGCUUACGAAAAGGACUGAAGAUCCAAACGAAACAUGUGCAUUAUGUCCAGUAUCAGAAAAAUACACUGAUGAAGAAAUGACAGCUAUGGAAACUGACAACCCGGAAGAGAGGGGGCUUGCCCCAGCCACUCCGCCAAAAUCGUCCCGCAGCACAAGGACUCGAUCUAGCAAAGCCAUCUCAUUUCCCGACCUCUCUGAACCAAAAAAUGAGUUUGUGUUCUCUACUCCCGUGUCAAAGGUUCCAAGGAAAGAGAAAGGGAAAAAAAUAGAGGCUCGCGCACAGCUGCAAGAAUUAGUUUCAGAUUUACCUUCUCGGUUUGUCUUCUCAUCUCCUGCGUCACGGACCAGGCGGAAAACCACAUCUAACACAUCCAGAGCUGGAGAUGAACUGAAAGAUAGUGCUCCAUUAGUAGAAACUGUGGGAAGGCCAAAAGUGAAAACAACCAGGACGGCCAAGACAAAACAAGCAAGCAGAAGCAAAGAAGAUAAUUGGUCACCUCCUCCUGUGAAAAUCCAGCUGAUUUCUCCUUUGGCAAGCCCGGUUGACGGAGUCCAGAGCAAGCCUCGAAGAGCAACAGCAGUAGCGGGAAGAGCUCCGGGAAGGAGCAGGAAGAAACUGUCUUCCCUUCCAAAGCAAGUUUUACGCAGAAAAAUGCUAUAAUUUUUUUUCAAGUUUUUAAUGAACACCAAUUUGUAAAAUCAUCAGAAUUGUGUGGAUUAUUAAAAAUCACCUAAUUUGGAAGAAAAUAAUUUGUAUAAAUUACUGUAAAUUUUUGUAAACAGAAGGUCUUCAAUAAGUACAAUAACUCCGUAAGGAGUGUGAUUCUUUUACUCGGGGCAGUUUUUCUAUUUUAUAUUGACUUCAUACAUUUAUAUAAUAUGUAAAUAUGGCUUCUUACUGGAAUGUUAAAUAAAGUGUGUACUUCACAGUAGUUUGUGUCUGUUAGAUUUUUGAGAGGGGAUUUCUGUUUUAAUAAUGAUUUUAUAAUGCUAGGAGGUAUUGGUCCCAUUUUCUUUCGCUACAGUUAAAAGGUAUUAGACCAGCCUUAAAACGAAGAUAAUUGAAGAACUGUUGUUUUUUUUUAAAGUUGCUAUUUUAUAAUUUAUGCACUUUGCUCCUAUGAUUGAGAUUUCUAAUCAUAAAAUGUAUAUAUAUAUUUUUUUGCCUGUUACUAUGUUGAAAUCGAAUUAUGGGCAUGUAAUUUUGCCGCUUUUUGUAGUUUAACAAAUUUUGUAUAUUCUACCUCAAAUUUGUCAUUUUCCAAGUAAUGCAUUGGUUAAAUACAAUGUUGGCAUUUCUUGUUCAGCAAGCUUAAAGGCUCUUUACCUUUAAAGUCUCUUCAUUCUUCAGAGACUAAUCAUCCAGGUUAGACUGACCGGUUCACUGCUCACUAGCCUCCUGGAAAGGUUUGAGAAGAAAGGGAAAUGUCAAACAAAACUAUUUCAUGGCUGCUCGAUACACCUCGUGUGUGCCUAGUAUCGACAGAAUGAGAAGUCUGAACAAAUUUUAUAAUAUUCUUGCUGUGAAGGAGCUUGCUGUAAAAUCACAGAAAUCCCUUAAUAUUCAGGUUUGAAAACUCAUUUUGAUAGGACCUCAGGCACAGACUAUUUGAGGAUGGGGAACGAGUGUGAGGUGGGAAGGGAAAAAGAAAGACACUGUUGUCUGCAGUACAACUGUGUAGUUCAGUGGGGACGCUUGAUGUAGCCUGUGAAACUCAUCAAUAAGUGAGUGCUGUAAAAUAUAACAGGUCAUGGGUAGUGUGUAACGAAUGGACCAUUAAUAAUUGAUUGUCUAGAAACAAACUGCUUGUGUUGGCUAAGCUUGUAAUGUGUUAGUGUGAAGCAGAAGCACUGUGCUUUCCACCUUAUUUUUCUACCAAAUAAAUCCACGGGAGAUGGGAAAUGAUGACAGCACCUCUGCCAAGUACGGACGGUGUGCGAGUAGCGGUGCGCGUGCGGCCUUUCACUCAGGUUGGUGACGGAGGCGACGCCGCCUGCUUGAAACUCUGACUAGGACUUGCAUUUUAUUCCUUUUGCUAAUGAUCGUUAUCAAACAUGUAUUCAAGCUGCUUGUCAUUGAUGGAAUAUUAAACUUGCUUUAAAUGAACUUGUUAAACGAGUCAUUUAACGAUCUCUACGUAAUUAGUAAACACGUAACCUCAUUCCUUUGUGCAAGUAGCUCAAUAAAAAAAUUGAUGAGAGAAA